GUAGCAGGGCGUUACGUAUUGUUCUCAUCAUCUCAUCGCACCUUUCCCUCGCCUUCUCGACGCAACACAAUGCAGCCGAUACGCUUUUCGACGGCGCUCGUUUUGGUCACCAUUUCGAUUUUCGCGGGCAUUGCCCCGCCAGUACAGGGAAGGUACGUGAUCGACCCGGUGGUGGAGGAAGAAAUCGAGGUCUGGAGUGACGCCAAUUCUAUUGAGUCGGUGGAUUCUCGCGUACCCAUCAUCGUUCCGUCUUCGACAGGAAAGCUUGUCGCCCUCAGUGAGGGACGAAGAGACGGCUCAGACAGUUCGCUCAAGUUCUUGUUGAUACGUCGCAGCGGGGAUAACGGCCUCACUUGGAACCCGACGGAUGUAGUGCUGGAAGAUCCUAUGGACUCUCCUGGUGGGCUGAACCUUGGGGCUAUCCUCACUGAUUAUACGACGGGCAAGAUGAUGGUGGUGUACAGUCACUGUGCGCACAAUUGUGAGAUACCGAAGUCGUAUCUUGUUGAGAGCAGUGACGAAGGAGAGACGUGGGGGGAUCCUGUGGAGCUGAAUGUAACUCAAGGAAUCAGACAAUUUUCACCAGGGCCAGGAUACGGAAUUCAGAAAGUGCAUGAGCCUUAUAAAGGAAGACUCAUAUUCUGUGGCCACGGCGGUACAAUUAGCGCGGACGGCGUAUUCUGCAUAUGCAGUGACGAUCACGGAAAAACUUGGAAACGACACAUCGACCUACCCAGCAUACCGUUCAACCAUACAUACAUAGAGGGAGAAUUGGCGCCAGAUGAAAAUCAGGUUGUAGAGCUCAAAAACGGCUCUCUACUCUUCACAAUUCGUAAUCAACUGUACUACGAGACGCGAGCUAGAAUAUUUGCCCUCAGCAAAGAUGGAGGUGAGACGAUUGACCUGACGAGCAUUCAGGUUCCCGAGACGAUGCCAGACUCGGCCGAAGCUAGUGGAAUGAUCUACUUGGAAAAGUACGAUCUCGUCCUCCACUCUAAUGCAUUUUAUAGCGCAGCAAGAAUGAACAUGACGCUCUCGUGGAGCUAUGAUGAGGGAGCCACUUGGAGUUGGUCGGAUCAUUUGCAGAUUUGGCCUGGACCGAGCGGCUACUCUUGCCUCACUCCCAUUCCUAAUCGUCCGGGUUACGUUGGCUUGCUGUUCGAGAAAGGUCCACUGGAUGGGAAAGAGUCUACGAAAUUCGUGACGUUCACGAUCAUCAAUCUACGACCGAAAUGGCAAAAAGACUAGUCGGUGAUCGUGUUGUUUGGUUGUAUAGGAAGUCAGGUGUAUGCUAUUGUAUGUAUGUGUACUGCUCCUGUUUUGUAUCUAUUUGGAUUAAUUGAUGUUUGUUGUAUGUAUCUUUAUAAAAAUUUAACUGGUGGAACCAUCUGUGUCAA